AAAACAUAAAGACAGUUAAGUAAGCUUUACAUUUCACUGGCACACGCGCCAAUUAUUGAUAAAUCCAUAAAAAUGUAUAACUUAUACUCGUGUUUCGCAGUUUUUGCAUUAUUCAGUGUUAAUAUAAUAAUUUGUAAAGGAUUAAUCGUCGAUGUCGUCGAGGAAAUCAUUAAUGUGCCUAAAACAGUUGAACUUUAUAAUAGCAUACCUGGACUUCCGUGGACAGCAGGUAGAAAUGGAUUACCAGAUAACAUAACACUAUUGCAAAUUAAGAUAAAACUCGGCUGGAUCCCAGAACAAAAAGAAAUUAGCGCUGGACCUGCUCUUGCUCAGCCAUCCGAUGCUUCAACGAAUGAAAAAGACGAUUUACCAAAAAACUACGACUGCAGGAAGGCAUACCCACAAUGCACGACAAUUCCGUCCAUUAAAGAGCAGUCAAACUGCGGAUCAUGUUGGGCUGUUUCCGUUGCAGCCGCGUUCAGUGAUCGAUUAUGCAUUCAUUCAAACGGACAAAAAAAUUACAAUAUGUCAGCUGAUCAGUUACUGGCAUGUGACAAAAAAAGUGACGGAUGCGGCGGUGGAUACCUUAAAGCCGCUUGGCAAUAUAUUCAGAACAACGGAUUAAUCACAGGAGGUGAUUAUGGAUCGAAUGAAGGUUGCCGGCCAUAUUCGAUUCCUCCGAAUCAACGAAACAGUCCUUCUGAUGCUAGAACUCCAAGAUGUGGAACUAACAAAUGCUCAGAUAAGUUUAAAGCUAGAAGUAGCUCUACUUCAAAAAUAGAAUCAAACGAAUACGCAAUGCGAAAAGAAAUUUUUAAAAAUGGACCCAUAACGACAGGAUUUCGAGUGUGCAAAUCAUUUACAUUCUAUAAAUCUGGAAUGUAUAAGUGCACUAGCACUGACGUCUAUGUAGGAGGUCACGCUGUUCGUGUCAUUGGAUGGGGAGAAGAAAACGGCAUAAAGUACUGGCUGGCAAUUAAUUCGUGGGGGACAGAAUGGGGUGAAAAAGGAACGUUCAAAUUUAUUCGAGGCACUGAUCAUUGUGGCUUCGAAUCAAUGGCGAUAGCAGGACUACCUGAAAAUUAAACGUUUAAUAACUUUUUUGUCAACAUUUUUCUGCAUUUUUUCAAAUCAGCUUUGAAAAUCAGUAUUAUUAGUCUUCAAUUGAAACGACAAGUCAUUAAAUAAUGACCCUGCAUAGGUAGGUAUUUUGUAGACUUGAUACAGUGUUAACUUAGUCUUUAUUGUGACUGGUCGGUGGUCAUCAAUUCCAUGGAUUGAUUUAUACCUUCCUGCAUGUAACAUAUUUUACAAAUCAAAUACAUACAUACCUACAAUUUA